AUGGAGACAGCGGCAACGAUAGACGUCGUCGUAGUUUACCAGCUGCAAGAAUAUUACGUGUCAGCACAAACUUCAUCGAAUCGAAAAGAACUAUUAGUGGAUCUACUUCAAUGUCAGUUGUUAUCGCUCGUGGGCGUACUACCAAACGAGCAGAUUUUAUUCUCGUCUUCUGGAGAGAUCCUUUAUUCACACAAUAAGACACAGGUGGCCACGAUCGCAGUGUCUACUAUAUCUCGCCCUCGCUUCUUCCUCUCCGCGAGGUCUAAUCCCACGUUGGCGCUAGCAAGCGAUUGGAGACAAAUUUGUACAAAAUGUACAUUUGGAGACGCUGCAGUGGUGCAGCCUGCCUAUCGGAAGAUUGUACCGGAUGGAGGAGACCCACUGGUCACACUUAUAUGUGAGUCUUGUGCUCGAACGUGUACUACAGAAUUUCAGCCUGUUAGUCCACUGGAGUUGGCUUCGAGCAAGUCAUUUAUCUCAAAAUUUAUCUCUGAUCUCGUUAUAGUGAGUGGUGACAUUGAUGUUGGUGCGCCACCUGGGUAUACAAAGCUUUCAGUAGCAUUAAAUCACUCUGCAUCGGGGGAUUAUGUGUAUCUUUGCUUAAAACGUGGCGGUCCGCGUGCAUUGACGCAAAUACACGUGCUUUUAGAAGAGAUGCAAAGCGCAAAGUCUAGUGCCGAAUUCAUUGUGAAAGGCACAGAAGAAGUAAUUGUGACUGAUUACGAUACCGGUUAUGGAUCUCAUGAUACUGCUGGAACCAGAUUUCACAUCGGAUAUGACACGGUGCAAGUCAGUGGCAAUAUGGAGGACGUUGAAACACUUGCUAUCACUGAAAUAACUGUUAUUGUCGGCGAACAAGUCGGCCCUCCUGGGUUUAUAAAAAUUACUCGAAAUUUAAACAAGGGAAUUUUAGGCUCUGUCCCGGUUCACCUUUGGUAUCGAGUGUCACCACUUGGUGGAUUCGUGUGCGACUCAAGUCGAGAGCAUAAUAAGUUUGGGGAAUGUCUCUUUGCGACUCGUCAUUUAAAAUAUUUAGACAGUGUUAUAGAUGUGAUGAACAAGGGACUGAGUUCAGCUCAGAAAACCUUGGCGGCUGAACGGCUACGCGUAGAUGCAAAUGCAAUAGAUAUUCAUUAUCGACAACAUCAGCCAGGUAUGCUUAAACGGCUACAAAGUGGAUUGGAGCGAGCACAGUCGUACGAGAACAAACACAUGCAAGAGGAGGCACUGAAGCGCAUCCCGGUUGACAAUCUGCAUGAGCGAGCACAAGCUAAUCCGUCUCCAAUGGCAUCGUACCGUGAUGAGCUAAUCAAACAAUUACUACACUGGUUUAAGCACGAUUUUUUUACGUGGAUGAAUGAGCCUAGCUGUUCGGCUUGUAACAAUGAGAAAACUCGCUUGUUACGAAUGGACGGACCGAGUACUGCUGAAGAAAUCGCUGGCCAAGCAAGCCGUGUAGAGGUUUAUACAUGUCCAGCUUGCGGAGCACUGACUCGGUUUCCACGAUAUAAUGACCCAAUAAAACUGCUUGAUACCCGCACUGGGCGGUGCGGAGAAUGGGCAAAUUGUUUUACUCUUUGCUGCCGCGCAAUGGGAUAUGAGGCGCGUUACGUUUUGGAUGUAACAGAUCAUGUCUGGACUGAGAUCUACUCGGACCAUUUGAAGCGGUGGCUGCAUUGUGAUUCGUGCGAAGAACAACUUGACUGCCCCCUUACGUAUGAGGUCGGUUGGGGUAAGAAGUUGUCGUAUAUAUUCUCGUUUGGGCAUGAUGAAGUUGCUGACACGGCGAGAAGAUAUACGCAAAAUUGGGCAGACAUGCGCACAAGGCGUCAAGAUGUGAGUGAAACGUGGUUGCAGAUGACGAUUAAUCAGAUGAAUAACGAGUUACGAAAGCGACAAACUCCUGAGAGAGUUGCCAUUUUGACGAUGCGUGCAGAAAGCGAACUUAAAGAGCUGCUUUGUACACGUUCUGCUCAAAAGUCGGAAAUAAUGGGUCGAGUUUCGGGCUCUGCUGAAUGGAAAAACCAACGGAAUGAAGACGGAAAAGGAGAAGCGAAAUUUGCGAAGGCAACAACUACGUCGAAAUCAGUUAAAAACAUCAGUCCGGGUUUGCAAGCUAGCAACAUUUUGCAGCAGAUCUGUAAAAAUUUGGUGAUUGGGUGCCAAUCAACUAAGUGCUUCAAUCCAUUUUGCUUUACUGGUCGUACAAGGACAAAUAGUGCUCAAGUAAGUUCUGAUGUCAACGAGCGAGCUGUCCAAGCCAUUCAAGUGAUAAAUGGCUUGAACCAUUUUCAUCCAGAAUCCUUGGUAUCGAUGCAAUGUUCGAAUAGGUCAAUAGAGUUACGAAACUUUUUGUGGAAGAGACAUCCGCUGCUGUAUUUGUCGCUCCAAGACCUUCCUUCCAGAGACGACAAAAUGCCUCUCAUUGAUAUAUCGGGGAACAAUAAUCACGUAUACAAUUCUCAGCACUGUGCUCUGCGCAAACCGUUCAGAAUUCCCUAUUCAGGUGAGAUAACCAAUACCGAUACUGAGGCCAAAAGUCGGCGUGAAGACAGAGCAUUUGGGAUGCAACUGCAUGGUGGUAAAUUUCUAGAAAUCUCUAAGCUGACUGUACCACGUGAUAUCGGUUACGUGAUGUCGUUUCUUGUUCGUAUCGAUCAAAAUGAAAGCCUGACUGUACAGCAGUCAGAUAUAGAAAGCGUUCUUAAGGUGCUGAUAAACGCUUCCAAACCUGCUGACUCAGUGGAAUUUUGCGUAGGCUGGAAGCGAGCGGAUCGAAAAUUUGUUUAUGAGCUUGUAGUCAACGAGACAAGAACAAAGUCAAGUGUGAGUGAUGCGUUGCUUUUAUCGUUCGGUCAAUAUGCACACGUUGCUGUUGGGCGAGACAAAAGUAGUAUCGCUGUCAACAUUAACGGAGUGGAGGUCUUAGGGACGGCUAAAGAAUAUCAAGAAAAUGAACAAGUCUGGUGUCUUCAAGGACCAGCCAAGAUUCAUUCCAGCGUAAACGUUGUCAUUAGUCACGUAGCAGUGAUACCUACAAAUGCCUUCGAAGACCUUACAAGUUUUUGCACUGAAAUGAAAAAAUAUUUUGUUUCGGCUCCACCUUUGGUAGGAUUUGGACCCGAUGGAAAAGUUAGUGAUAAGAGAUGCUCUGAAGUGGCAGCUGAAGCACAAUCAGGAUAUCGUGUGGCCCAAGUUUUGCUAUGGGGACAUGAAUUUCUUGAUGGUAUUCAAUUUGUAUACGAAAAAACUUUGGCGCCAGGGGACACGAACGUUUCGUCCGCGCAGUCAACUUCACUUCACGGCGCGUUGAUGGGGAAUGAGAUAGCAAAGCGCCAAUCAUCACAGCCAUCAGUCACCCUACAUCUUUUGCAGGAUGAAGUUGUGACUCGUUUGAGUGGUCGGAAAGGUCAUUGGAUCGACAGUAUUACGUUGGAAACCAAUUUUGGGCGUACAAUCUCAUGUGGAGGAAAAGGAGGAGGCGAAUUUACAGUGUCUGUACCUGCACAUACGGAAAUUCGGUCGAUCUCUUGCAAAGCUGGCAAUCAUCUGACAGAUCUAUGCGUGUUUGUGCUUGAAUCUACAUUUAUCAAAGACAUCGAAGAUCAAGUCGUGCAACAGCUUCAGGAUAUAUUCUCAUCUUGUGAGACGUUAUUGCGCUCGAACGCAAUUGCUGCAGCAUUGCGCUAUUUGGAAAACAUCGCGAGACAACCAGAGGAGCCGAAGUUCCAGCGUAUCCGCGCCAGCAACAAGUAUUUCGCUGGAAGUAUAGGAGCGCUAGGCGACGAAAUUGCAAGAUCUUUUAUUUCUUGGUGUGGUUUUGAAGAGACUGUGGAUCAAAGCGAAAAGUUCUAUAUAUUCCGACCACGGCAACCAAACGGUGAUAUUUUGCCUCCACAGCUAACAGGGGAAGCAUACAAACGCCUCCAUUUUUUAAAUUUUCUCAAGAAUCAGUGA